ACAGUGAGCUGCUUGGUUUUUGCCACUCUCAGCCUCCUGCUUUCCCUGCUGCCCUUAGGAUCCCUUAGCUGCUAAUAGAGACGCUCGGCCCAGCGUGCCCCAUUCCCCGUUACCUGAAUCCCAGCGUGCUGCUUACUAAAGAAGAUCAGGGAAGAAGACAAAAGCCCCCCACCCUCUUCACCACCUCCCCUUUUCUCUGUAAUUCCGGGGGGCUUCAUCAGGCAACUGGUUCGGGAAACAGAAAAGGAGUCCAAGGAGGCGAAGCGGAAAAAACAGUCAUUGGCCAGCUCACAAGAACAGACGGCUCCAGAAAAUAGUGACAGCCCUGUCCAGAGGAGCCAUAACCCCUCUGGAUCACAGAGUCCCCAGGGCAGCCAGCCUGAUCCAGCAUCCCCCAGCCCUAGUGUUGUUGUCGAGAACAUUCCUAAUGAGAAGGAAGGGAUGGCCAGCCCAGAACCGGUGCUGACGAGCAGCAUAAAUGGGGAAAACUCUCAAGGCAAUGGCACCAUGGAGACCCCUCCGAGGAAGCCGCAGCCCCUCAAGAGGGCCAGGAAGACCAGUGAUGUGCUGCUGAUGGUGGCCAAGCUCAAUUCAGAAUUACCCAAGCCAGAGCAGAGGACUCACCCAGUUGACUCUCCUGCCCAUAAGCCUCCUUCCUCCAUUCCAGAGCCAAAGGGGGAUAAGAAAGGGCAACCUCCAGGAGACACUUGUGGUCCACAGAAAGCUACUGAAGACUCUGCCAAAAAGGCAGAGAAACUGAGGACAGUGGGCAGCCCAGGCUCCACAGAUAUGCCUCCCAAGAAGAGUGAAGGGCCUCAGAUCAAAGUGGGCAAGUGCAGCAAGGUGCCCCAGACCAAGGGGCUGACAGGGGGUGAGCCCCAGAGUAAAGAGGACCUGGGGACCAAGCCCCAUGCCAAAGGGGAAGAUCAGGGAGGUGAGGCUGGGGUGAAAGGGUUGGAGGACAAAGCCCAAACACCCCAAAUAAAGGGGGAGGGCCAGCCCCACACAAAAGGAGAGUCAGGGGGAUGAGCCCCAAAGCAAGCUGGGAAAGGACACAGUGGGGACAGUGAAGGAGGCCCAAAGCAAAGCAGGAAAGGGAGACAGAGCCCAUAUCCAGAUGAAAAGGUGGGGUGAAUCCCUGAACAAAUGGAGGAAAAGGAGCAGUUCCCAGAGUCAGGCAAGGAAGGACAGUGAAUCUCAAACCCAGGUGAAGAAGGAUAGUGAGCCCCAAAGUCAGGGCAGAAAGGAAAGUGGACUCCAAAGUCAGAUAGGGAAGGAGUGUGGGUCCCAGAGUCAGGUGGGGAAGGGGGAUGAGAAGGGGAAUGGUCUCCAAAGCAAAAGCAGGAAGGAAGAUGACUCCUCCCAAAGGGAAAGAAAUGGGAGUGAAGCUCUCAAAGAAGGAAAGGAGGGCCAUGGAUCUCCCACCAUUGAGAAAGAGGGAGGCACACCUGAUAACAAGGAGGAGACCAAAGAAGCCCUGGUGAUGAUGGAGGAGGAAGAGAAGGCAGAGGGAGAGAGAGGCCAAAGUGUCGACCCAGACAAGGAGCCGGAGGACAGAUGGUACGAAGCUGAGAAAGUCUGGCUGGUUCAGAAGGAAGGAUUCACACUGGCAACGGUGCUGAAGCCAGAUGUGGGGACCCCAGAGCUGGCUGCAGGGCGAGUGAGACUUUGCAUUGAUGCAGACAAAUCCAUCACUGAGGUGGACGAGGAGAACAUUCAUCGUGCCAACCCCCCGGAGCUGGAUCUGGCCGAGAACCUGGCCUCGCUGCAGAGCCUCAAUGAGUCCAGCGUCCUGAACACACUUUGGCACCGAUACCAGGCCCAGCUCCUGCACACAUACACAGGACCAGACCUGAUCGUCUUCCAGCCCCAGGGCGCCCCAGCUCCUUUGUCUUGGAAGGUGCCCAAAGGAAGGAGGGAUGGCCUGGCGCCCCACGUCUGCUCCCUAGCCCAGAAGGCCUACUGGGCCAUGCUGAGCCAGCACCAGGACCAAACCAUCAUGCCCCUGGGCAGGAGCGGGUCUGGCAAAAGCACUUGCUGUGAGAGAGCCCUGGAGUACCUGGUGGGCAGCGCUGACGUGGAUGGACAGGUCUCAGCAGAGAAGAUCCGUGCCACCUUCACCAUCCUCAGGGCCUUCGGCUCGGUGCUGACUGAUCACAGCCACAGCUCCACACGCUUCUCCAUGGUCAUGUCCCUAGACUUCAACGCUACUGGCCGUGUCACAGCGGCCCACCUCCAGACCAUGCUCAUGGAAAGAAUCCGAGUGGCCCGGCAGCCAGAAGGGGAGGGAAACUUUGCUGUUUUCUCCCAGAUGUUGGCGGGGCUGGAUCUCAAUACCAGGACAGAGCUGUACUUGCACCAGAUGGCAGAGAGUCACUCCUUUGGCAUGGGCGUGUGGGCCAAGCCUGAAGAGAAGCAGAAGGCUGCAGCGGCAUUUUCUCACCUCCAAGGGGCCAUGGAGACGCUGGGCAUCUCUGCGAGUGAGCAGCAGGCCAUUUGGAGGGUGCUGGCGGCUAUUUAUCACCUCGGAGCAGCAGGGGCGUGUAAAGUUGGCAGGAAGCAAUUUAUGCGAUUUGAAUGGGCCAACUAUGCUGCUGAGGUUCUGGGCUGUGAGUACGAGGCGCUGACCACCGCCGUCUUCAAACACCACCUCCGACACAUCAUCCAGCAGGCGACGUCCAGGCUGAACCAACCCAGCCAGAAGGAGGAGCUCGACGUGGGGCCCAAAAUGACAGGUGUGGAGUGUGUGCAAGGGAUGGCUUCGGGCCUCUAUGAAGAACUAUUCUCAGUCAUCGUCUCGCUUAUCAACAGGUCCUUGGCCUCCAGCCAUCUCUCCAUGUUCUCCAUCAUGGUGGUGGACAGCCCAGGCUUCCACAACCCUCGGCACCAGAAGAAAGAGCGGGCGGCCACUUUUGAGGAGCUUUGCCACAAUUACGUCCACGAGCGGCUGCAGACCUUGUUCUUCCAAAAGAAGUUUGAGUCAGAGCUGGAGCGGUAUGGGGAGGAAAAGGUGGUGGUUCCCUUUGAUCUCCCAGAGCUCUCCCCAAGGACCACAGUGGCAAUCAUCGACCAGAAUCUCUCCCAGGUGUGCGUUCCAGUUGCGGGCCAAGCGGAGGAACCCAAAGGCCUUCUCUGGGUCCUGGAUGAAGAGGUCCGGAUCGAGGGCUCUGGUGACAGUGCCGUGAUGGAUCGCUUGUGUUUAGCCUUUGAGAAGAAGGAAGCUGGUGCUGAUGAACCACCUGCCUUCCGCAAGUGUGAGCAUGGCCUGCAGUUUGAGAUCUCCCACCAGCUGGGCAGGGACCCUGUGCGCUAUGACCGUGGGUGGAUUCAGAAAGCCAAACCCAACCUCUCAGCCUUGAACGCUAGUCAGGUCUUGCAGCAGUCCACAAGGGAGGACCUCAGCAGCCUGUUCCUGCCUCGCUCCAGAGUGCCCCCGGUCUGCCGGGCAGUGGCUGGCAUGGAGGGCUGCUCCCAGCAGGCCUUGAAUCGGGUCGGUUGUGUGAGGAAGACGUUUGCCAGUAGCUUAGCAGCCGUAAAGAGGAAGGCCGUGUGCACCCAGAUCAUCCUCCAGAUGGAUGCUUUGACCAAUGUGAUCAAACGGUCCCAGUUGCAUUUUAUCCAUUGCCUGGUCCCCAGAUCAGGAUCAGAGGACAGAGGAGGGAAUGCCUCCCUGGCACCAGCCCACAGAGAGCACCCCCUGGACAUCUCCAGCCUGAGGGUCCAGCUGGCUGGAGCUCAGGUCCUAGACGCCCUGAGGCUGCACCGGAUUGGUUACACAGACCACAUGGGCUUCACCCGAUUCAGGCGGCAGUUCCAAGUUCUGGCUCCAGAGUUUAUGAAGAAGCUUUUGCUGGCCCAUGAGAGGAUGGAGGAGAGGAAGCUUAUUGAGGAAAUCCUGCAGGAACUGGAUCUGGAGAAAGCAGCUGCCCAGCUCGGCAACACGCAAAUUUUCCUGAAGUCAGGCAUCAUCUCCAGGCUGGAAAGGCAGAGGGAGAAGCUGGUGUCUCGGAAUAUAAUUCUCUUUCAAGCUGCCUGCAAGGGAUUCUUGUCCCGUCAACAAUUCAAGAAAUUGAAGAUCCGGCAGCUGGCUGUCCAGUGUGUCCAGAGGAAUCUAAUGGUGUUCCAGGUGGUGAAGGACUGGCCUUGGUGGCAGAUGCUGUGUCAUAUCCGGCCCUUAUUGAGUAUCACCAUUGGGGAGGACCAGCUCCGGGCAAAGGAGGAAGAACUCACUGCCCUGAAAAAGAAACUAGAGGCGUCUGAGAAGUCACGGAAUGAGCUUCGGCAGAGCACAGACCUGCUGGAGAGCAAGAUCACUGACCUGACCACCGAGCUCUCUGAUGAGCGCUUCAAAGGAGAAGUGGCCUGCCGGGUCCUGGAGAGCGAGCGGGCCGAGCGUCUCCGGGCCUCCAGAGAGAUCCAGGAGCUGAAGAGUAAAUAUGAACAAACACAGAAGAGUUUGGGGUCAGUGGAGAAGCAGCUGGAGGAGGCCCAGCAGAAAAUUGAAUUGUGUGAAGCAGGGAAGUCUCAUUCUGGAGAAGCUGAUGACUGGCAGACACGAUUUGACUGUGCACAGACAGAAAUCGAGUUUCUCAGAAAGCGCCUCCUGAUGUGUGAGGAGAGACUAGACUCUGAACUGUCUUCCAGAAAGGAACUGGAAGAGAAGCUCAGGGAAGCUCAGAACACCUGUGAGGAGGUCAGGAGAAGCUCUCAUCAGCUGAAGAAGAAGUGCUGUAAUCUGACCUGUGACCUCGAGGACACCCGAGUACUGCUGGAGAACCAGCAGAGUAGGAAUCAUGAACUGGAGAAGAAGCAAAAAAAGUUUGAUAUGCAAUUAACCCAGGCUAUUGGCGAAUCAUUGUUUGAAAGGGGCCUCCGGGAGAAACUGUCCCAGGAAAAUGCUAGCAUCCGGUGGGAGCUUGGCAUACUUCAGAGCAAGUUAGAGGAAAGGGAGCAGGAAACUCUGGGUCUGAAACAGAAGCUUGAGAUGCUGAAGAGUCAAACCACUGACUUAGGGCCCCUUGGGGUGGAAGCCGUAGAUGCCUUACAGAGAGAGCUCUGGGACCUGAAGUCCAGUGCCUUCGAGCAGCAGCAGAUACAGAGUGAGCAAGAGACUACGAUUAAGAAACUGGAGCAGCUGCGAGUUCGGUUUGAGAUGGAGAUCGAGCGGAUGAAACAGAUGCAUCUCAAGGAUCAGGAGGACAAAGAGGAAGAGCUGGAGGAUGUGCGCCAGUCCUGCCAAAAGCGGCUACGGCAGUUGGAGAUGCAGUUGGAACAGGAAAGUGAGGAGAAGAAGAUGGUCCUCCAUGAGAAGCAGGAUUUGGAAACCCUCAUUGGGACACUUUGUGAACAGAUUGGUCAUCGAGACUUUGACGUGGAAAAACGCCUCCGCCGAGACCUGCGGAGGACCCAUGCCCUCCUGUCUGAUGUGCAGCUUCUCCUGUCGAACGCUGAGGACUCCCAGACAACAGUCAGUAAGGAAGAGCUGGAGAAGGUUCAUGUUAAGCUAGAAGAAAGCGAGGCCAAGUGUGCAGAUGCUCAGAACACUCAGAAGCUGCUGGCCCAGGACCUGGAGAACAUGCAUAAUGAGCUGGAGAACAUUACCAGGAACAAGAAUCUGGUUGAUGAGCAGCUGUAUCGGCUGCAGCUGGAGAGAGCUGACCUCCUGAAGCAUAUUGAUGAAGACCAGGAGGAUCUGAACGAGCUAAUGAAGAAACACAAAGAACUCAUCGCCCAGUCUUCCCAAGACAUUGUGCAGAUUCAGGAACUGCAGCUGAACCUGGAAGAAGCAAAGAAGGAGAAGCAAAGCCUCCAGGAAAAGCUGCACAUCGCUCAGUCCCGCAUCGAGCACCUAGAGAAGACGACGGUGGAUCGCAACAUUGUCUGCCGCCAGGAAGCGUUGGUCUGUGACCUGGAGAGCAAGCUGGAGUUCCACAAAGUCCAGAUUAAGAGAUUUGAGGUGCUGGUGAUUCGACUUCGGGACAGUACGCUCAAGAUGGGUGAGGAGCUGGAGAAGGCUGUGAACUCUGAGGCUGAGCAGAAGGAGUCCUGCCAGUAUUACCAGAGGAGAAUGGAAGAGAUGAAAGCUGACAUGGCAGAGCUGAUGAAGCAGGAAGCAGAGACCAGCCGUCGGUGCCUCGAUCUGGAGAAGAAUGUGGAGGAGCUCCUGGCAGUGAAGCUGACAUUACAGGCCGACCUCGAGGUAUCCAUCCGGCGAAUUGCUGAUCUGCAGGCUGCCCUGGAAGACAUGGACUCCUGUCCUAGUGAUGACAGAGAUAAUCAAUCCCUCCUGAAAUCCUCUGUAAGCUCUCAGCCAAUGGAAAGCGUCAGAUCCUGGCUGAGUUUGUCCCCAAGCCCAACUCUGUCCAGGUCCAGCCUCAGAGGGAGAAGUCCUUCACAGCAGUCGGCCAAUGGUAGCAGAGUUCUGGAUCAGAGGAUGCACCGAGAGGCCAGAGAUGCUGAGGGGAGCCAACCGACAUCUUUGAGGACUGACAUCCAAUCUCUAGGGGAUAAAAGCUUUGCCCGACGACCCACCUCACCUUUCACCUUCCAGAGUCAGGAUCACAAUAAAACUAUUGGAAAUGAGAGUUCUGAGACGUGGAGAGACACAGUCAGCAAGUCAAAGGGUCACUCAUUGAUGACAUCACCGACUUUGGAGAAAAAGCUUCCAAGUUCCUCCUGGGCCCUUUCUGAAUUUAUUGAAGGAUUCCGGAGACAACGAUCAGAGAAAGAGCAGGAUGCAUUAGGUGCAGAAGACUGGCCCACUUUACCCAUUUACCAGACCACUGGCGCGUCAUCUCUGAGGAGGUCUUUGGAGACGGUGACACUCCCAGAAAAGCCACCUCUGGAAACUGAAACAGAGAGCCCACGAUCUGGGCUGUUAAGGUCCACCAGCCUCAAGUGUCUCUCCUCGGACAAAUCUGACCCAUCCCUCUCUUUACCCGCUCCUCCGAAAUCAAUGCACAGGUCCUAUGAGUCACUCUUAGAGUCUGAGAACACAGAAGGCCGUUUCAGCGGGAGGCUAAGCUCAUCAGUGGGAGAUGGCCUGGGGAAGUUUGCUCAGUCCAAGCUGCGGCUUAGGAGGCCAUGCAUUGAUGCGCCCCUAGAGGAAGCAGAGGACCCAGACUUGGGGAAAGAAUCCCUGGUCUUUCAGAACCGAAGGUUCUCCAACCUGCUGAAUGAGCCUUUGGAACCUGACUUGCUGUCUUGGAAGCUGCCAAGAUAUGAACAGAAACCCAAAGUGACUUUUGAUGACUAUGUCCCAGCCAUCCGGAAAUCCAGCUCUCCCAUGAGAGCCAGGAAGGACAGAGGAGAUAGCCUGAAGCCUGGGACCAGUAUGUAUAAGAGUGAGACUUCUUCAGAUUGUCUGUUCUUGGGAAGUAGCAGUACCUUCCGGGGAAACCUGGAACCCAAGGAGGACACAGGUCACCUGUCUGACUCUUCAUCAUCUUCGAGCUCCGCCAUGUCCUACAGAAGCGCAGACAGCAUCAAGAGCCGCCCAGGAUCCCAAAAACAAGAUGAGGAGAGCGAUAGGAGAUCCCGAUAUGGAACAUGGAUGGAUGCUGAAAGGCAAGAUGAGGUGGAGAGCAUCAUGAAGAAAUAUCUCCAGAAAUAGGGAAUGGCCCAGCAUUCAGAGUCUUGAGUUCCCGGAAAGCUUCCCCUGCUGUUCAGCUUUUCAAAGAGAAAUACGCAGGAGGCCUCUGCAUCUCCCUGUCUGUAGGCGAUGCCACCGAAAAAUAUUCCCAAUGGAUUCUGACAGGCCUGAGGAUUUAUUUUGUAAGAGGUUCUGGGGUUUGGACAGUGAUUUAUACAGAAUAAAACCAUGGUGGCAUCUUUGAAUGAGUGUGGC